AUGAGAAGUAUAUGGUUAAUUCAUUCAUUGAAACAAAAACCCUUUACUUUAGGGACAUAUAGAUAUUUUAAUCAAUUUAAAUGGCAAGAGAAAAGUUCUAACGAGUUAGAUGAAAAAAUAAUAGAAAAACAAUGGAAACGAGAUAUUCAAGAAAUGUACCAUAACGGGAUUAAAUGGUCUUUCAGCAAAAGUAGUGGACCUGGAGGUCAGAAUGUAAAUAAAUUGAAUACAAAAGUAGCGCUUAAUAUUGAUUUAAAACGAGCAUUAAAUCUUUCCCAGAAAACAAUAAAUGCAAUUUGUUCAAAUAACAGUCAAUAUUUAAACAAGAAAGGAGAACUAAUAAUCCGUUCUCAGCGUUUUCGAACACAAAAAGCUAAUCAAAAAGAUUGCCUAAGAAAACUUCAUGAGUUGAUUACAGAAGCAAAUAAUAGCCUAGUGAAAAAGGAAGCAUCAUAUAAACAAACACAACGAGUAAAAACAAUGAUAACAACUUAUAAUGAACGAAGAAUACAAAAAAAACGGCAACAUAGCGAAAAAAAAAAAGCAAGGAAAAUUCAAUUCCAACCAAAGUAA